UUUCUCUCUUCAAACAAAUAUUUACUCCAAAAAAAAAAAAAACAGAAAAUCAUAAUUCUUGCAGCAAAUGGGCGAGAAGGUUGAGGUAAAGAAUGGAGGAGAGAAGAAGGCGGCGGCGGAAGGUGGCGGGGAGAAAAAAGUGGAUCCCAUCACGGUGGUGUUGAAGUUGGAUCUACAUUGCCAAGGCUGUGCCAAAAAAGUCAGACGCUCCGUUGCCCAUUUACAAGGUGUGGAGACGGUGAAGGCCGACUGUGACGCCAAGAGAUUGACUGUCACGGGCAAUGUGGACCCCCUUUGGCUCCGGGAAAAGCUUCAAAUCAAGACCAAGAAGAAGGUCGAUCUUAUCUCUCCUCACCCCAACAACGCCGCCGCUGCCGGAGCUGAUCACAACAUACCUCAGCCUGUUGAUACUAACAACCCCAAAAAGGCAGUUGUUAGCACUGUGACAAUGAGAACCAAAUUGCACUGUGACGAAUGCGCGGAUAAAAUCAAACGGAUUAUAAUUAAGAAUUUUGAUGGCAUUGAUUCACUAACAACUGAUUUGCAAAAGUCUUUAAUAAUUGUGACCGGAACAAUGAACGUGAAUGAUUUGGUUACAUAUCUAAGAGAGAAGCUAAAAAGAGGAGUAGAGAUUGUUACUCCAAAGAAGGCCAAUGGCGCCACCACCACCGUAGUAGAGAAGAAGGCCAACGAAGUUGCAGCUGUCGACAGCAAAGAAAAAGCUAGUGGCGGAGAACAAGAAAACAAAGGCAAAAAAAGCGACAUCGUUGGAGAAAGUGGUGCUAAGCAAAAAGAGGGUGGUGGCGACAAAAGAGAAGCCGAAUCAAAACUAAUGGUUGCCGGUGGUGGCGAAACUAAGGUGGAGAUGAGCAAGAUGGAGUAUCAUAGUAGUUACAAUCCACAAAUGCACUAUGCCAUGCCGAUGAUGAUGCACAACCAAAAUUAUGGGCAUCAAGAUUAUAGCAUGCAUCAUCAUCAUAGUCAUACAAAUACGGGCUAUUACGGGCCUCCUAUGCCUCCACCCACGUACUUGGACAUGAACACGAACGCGAACGACAACAUGUUCAGCGAUGAGAACCCUACCGGAUGCUCCCUCAUGUAAACACGAUCCAUUAGAUUUCUAAAGUUGCAAUUUUAAUUUCAAUUGUAUAUAAGAAAGAGAAAGUGCAAUAUAGAUAUAUUGAAGCAAAGAGUAUAAAAUUUUCAUUCGGGAAAAUAUUGAAUAAAGCUUAUUGUUACAA